AUGGAGUUUCCGGAAAGAGCUUAUCUUGUGAAUGACAAAGCCACCAAGAUGUAUGCCUUCACACUAGACAGUGUGGAUCGCCAGCAGAAAGCUGUGAAUAAAGAUCACUGUUCUGGAGAGAGGCCAGAGGAGCUGGGGUCCGGAGCCAUCUAUCACUGUCAUGGUAAUGCCAAGGCCACAGAGAACAGGGCAAACGAGCAAGUCUAUGCCAAGUGGAAACUCUGGGCUGCUUCGGGAAUAUGCUUUGUCUUCAUGAUUGCAGAGAUUGUGGGUGGCCACAUUGCUGGGAGUCUUGCUGUCGUCACAGAUGCUGCCCACCUCUUGAUUGACCUGACUAGUUUCCUGCUCAGCCUCUUCUCCCUGUGGCUGUCCUCCAAGCCUCCCUCCAAGCGGCUGACCUUCGGAUGGCACCGAGCAGAGAUCCUCGGGGCCCUGCUGUCCAUGCUAUGUGUCUGGGCAGUGACUGGUGUGCUGGUGUACCUGGCCUGUGAGCGCUUGCUGUACCCCGAUUACCAGAUCCAGGCCACUGUGAUGAUCAUCGUCUCGGGCUGUGCUGUGGCAGCCAACAUUGUACUAAGUGUGAUUUUGCACCAGAGGCCUCCUGGCCACAGUCACAAGGAAGUGCAAGCUAAUGCCAGUGUCAGAGCUGCUUUUGUGCAUGCCCUUGGGGACCUGUUUCAGAGCAUCAGCGUGUUAACCAGCGCACUUAUCAUCUACUUCAAGCCAGACUAUAAAAUGGCCGAUUCAAUUUGCACAUUUGUGUUUUCUGUCCUGGUGUUGGCGAGUACUGUCACAGUCUUAAAGGACUUCUCCAUCUUACUCAUGGAAGGUGUGCCAAAGAACCUCAACUACAAUGCUGUGAAAGAGCUCAUUUUAGCGGUAGAUGGCGUGGUGUCUGUGCACAGCUUGCACAUAUGGUCUUUAACAACCAACCAGGUGAUUCUCUCGGCUCAUAUUGUUGCAGCAUCCAGUCGGGACAGCCAGGGCAUUCAGAGAGAGAUUGCUAAAGCCCUCAGCAAUAGCUUUCCUGUGCAUUCACUCACCAUUCAGAUGGAAUCUCCUGCAGACCAGGACCCCGGUUGCCUUUUCUGUGAAGAACCUCAGGACUAG